AUGUUGAGACAUAAGUUACAAGCCUAUACUAAUAAAAUAAAUGAUAAUCCAUUGCAGACAAAUAAAGGUUAUAGAAAGAAUGAAGAUCAUGUUUCUCUGCCUGCAAUGAGGAUUCAACUUCAAGAAGGAAUACUUGACAACUCGAAGGAAAAUGAUGAUGAAUUAAGACCCAAAAUUUUACUUAAAUUUGAGGCAAAGGGUGAGCCGAUUCAGCAAGAAGUUGUAUUAAAAUAAUCAGCCAAAGGAUAUCCUAAUGGCUCUUAAAAAGGAUCUUCCUAAAGGAAGUCCCAUAGGAAUGGAGGAGGCAAUGAAUGAAGAUUCUUUGUCAAUAAGCAUUCAGCCUUCAGUGAGUAACCUCGAAUCUUCAAACUCUAUUUCCUCUCAUAAAGAGAAGUCUGUAGGAGUAAAUGACUCUUCUCAAGAUGUAUUAGAAAAACGAGAUUCUCUUUCAAAGAAAAGCAUUGAAGAAGAAAAGCAAAUUAAAUCUAAAAACUAUAGUCCAGCUAUAAAAGAUGAGGAUGUUUACAGUGAUAACUCUUUGGAUAGGGGAUCAGAAGAUAUGAUGGCUCUUAUUAAGGAUGACCUGAAUUCUUGAGUCAAGAAUCAUGAUGAAACAGUUAAAAAUAAUCUAUCAGAUUGAAUCCAGUCUGAAAAUCAAAAUAAAGAAGAGAAAGAACAGAAUAAAAGCCAUAUUGUGUUGCCAAAUAAAUCAAAUUUGAUCAACCAAGAAGUUAAAGAUAGUUGCAUAAAUACUCCAGAACCCUGAAAGUAUAUCGAGGAAUCUAGAAUUGAGCAAAAUUUAAACACUAAAAAUGAAAAUAAUGAAAUGAAAAAGGAGAUUGAUGAUAAAGAAAUAGAUAAUAGUAAUAUUGAACCCAACUCCAACUCGCAAGAGAGGGACAGAUUAAUCGAAAACAAACCUGAAAGCCAUAAAGAUCAGCCUGAAGUUCAGAAUGAGAGUCAGAAUUCUGAAGAGAGUAAAACUCAACACAAAGAAAAGAAAGCUAUUCAUGAAUUCAAAAAAAAUGUACUUGAAGAGGAAAAAGUUGAGGAAGACAAAGAGGAUUCAUCUAAAUCUAACUGAUCGAAGAAAUCGAAUUCUAAGAAAGAGAAAUCGGGGACACAAAGGGUAAUGUCUCCUCCAAAAAUAAAACUUUCUCUUCCUGUUGACAAUCCGAUCAUCAAUAUGAAUGGGAUUAAAGUCAUUGAGGAGGAAGAUGAAGAAUAUAUUGAAACUCCAGCUGAAAGAAAUAAACAGGGAGAUUUACUUCCAAAGAUAGACAAAAUUAUUGAUGUCGUGAAUGAAGAAGAAUCGGAUGAAAGCGUGAGCAGCCAAAACAGCAGUUCUAAAUCUUCAAAAUCUUCAUCUAGCUCAAAUAAUAAGAAUUCAAAUUCAUCUAAAAAGAGUUCUUCUAGUAGCCAAAGUAGUUCGAAUUCAAGUUCGAGCAGUAGUGAAAGCAGUUCGAGCAGCCAGGAAGAAGAACAAGAGAUUGAUCCAAAUGAGAUUGACACAGAGAUUGAUAGAAACAAAUUUAUUAAACUCGAAGCCCCUUUCUAUGAUGAUACCUUAAAAGAAAGCUUAGAGCUUUCAAGAACAGCAUCUUUUGGAGAAGAUCAGGAGUGACUUAUUAAAGCAGCACCUUCAUUUGCUCUGUUAGGUUUUAAAAGUGGAAAUGCUCUUAAAAAUAAAGUUUUAAACAAGUCUUUUCCUAAAGAAGAGUCAAAAUUUGUAAAAGAAGUAAAGGAUGAGGUAGGUCCUGAAUAUCUCUCCAUUAAUCCAAGAAACAACAGUCAGCCUGGGUUUUUCUACCUUGCAAAGUCGAAAGAGAAAGAUGAAUUCAUUAAAAACUGACCUAGGAAAAAGAGCAUUAUACUUGACUUGCCAGGAGUAUUAGUGUGCUUUGCUGAUUCAAAGUCAGGGGGAUCUGCAUCUGCACAAUGAGUUGAGAUAGAAUCAAAGAAUGGACCGAAACAAUUUGUGUACUUCUGGGAACGACCAGAUCUUCAAUGGUUUAUGGAGAAGCUGAAGCUGAAAUAUGAGAUAAUCCUCUGGUCAUCUUUAAGUAAAAGUUUAACAGAUAAUGUUGUCUCUCACAUUCAAAGGAAAUCUAAAUAUUUCUCAGUAAUUUUAUCAAGAGAGGAUUGAAUGAGCUUUGAAGAUAGAAAACCUACCAAUAUAGCUCAAAGCACUUUAACACUAGCCAAUAAAGAAGAAAAGAAAUUAAUGGAUAUAUCAUUUAGUAGAAUUGAUCGUUCUCUUUAUCCACCUAAGCCGGUUAAAGACCUAUGACUUUUAACAAAAUAAUAGAGAUCCUAAAAGUAUUAUGGUUGUUGAUUGCACGAGAGAUAAUCUUACAUAUAUGAAGAAGAAUUCACUCUUUGUGAAACCUUUUAUAAAGAAAGAUGAUAAUUCUAAUAUGUUUGUAUCCCAAAAAUUAAUUGCAGACAUGGGCUCUAAAGACAGUUUUUCUGAUUCUCAAAACGAAGACGACAGCUCAUCUUCUUCUUCAUCCAGCAGUGACAGCGAUAACGAAAAUGAAGAACCACCAGAACUUGACUUAUCGAGUGAGAAGGAGAAGCUAAGAGAUGUCUAUAAAUUUAUCAAGAAGAUGUCUAAGUAGAGACUCAAAUAGAUAAUUCAAUA